GGAAAGUAUACUAAGAGCCAAAAGAGCGGCCUACUGUAGAGAUGGUUAGAUGUAUGAGAACUCCGUAGCAAAACAGGGUUUUAAAAUGAAACAGACGGAUGCUAUUGAACAGUUUGUUUGAAGUGCAGCCUUUAAUGGAAUAACUAUGAAGCUUGCAGAACACAUUCCAGUACUACAAAUCCUCUUCCUGGCACAUUUCAGCGUUAAUGAGGCACUACAAAAAGCACCUCGCAUUGCCACCCCCCUUGAGACAGUUGAUGUUCUGGUGGAGCAGAAUGCCACUUUUAUAUGUGAGGUGAAGUCAUACCCUCAGGCAGAUAUUGUCUGGAGUCGCAAUAACUUUCCAAUUCGAUCUUUUGAUACUCGAUAUAGUAUCAAAGAAAAUGGCCAAAUGUUAAUAAUUACUAAUGUGAAAGAUACGGACAAUGGAGUGUACUGCUGUGUCGCCAGCAACAUUGGAGGGUCUGCAGAAAGCUGUGGGGCUUUACAGGUGAAAAUGAAGCCUCAAAUCAAACGACAUCCUACUAACGUCACAUUAUUAAUUGGCUCAAAAGCUGUGUUGCCAUGUGUCUCCGUGGGUAACCCCAAACCAGAUAUCUCCUGGAUUAAAAAUGAAGUUGUUGUUAAGGUCAAUGAUCGUAUCUCCAUUCUUGAUUAUGGAACUUUAAAAAUCCAUGAUAUUGAAAAAGCCGAUGCUGGGCAGUACCGCUGUGUAGCAAAAAACAGCUUUGGCUUGGAGUACUCAAAACCUGUGACCGUGGAAGUGCAAGUUCCUGCCAGAAUAUUAAAGGUUCCCGAAACAAAGAAAGUAGCUUUUGGCUCGGAAAUUACCAUGCAGUGCAAUGCUACUGGUGAUCCAAUUCCCACUAUAACAUGGCUGGAAAAUGGAAACACUGUUUCGGAUGCAUCAGUAGAGGAGAUUAUAGUUGAAGAGGUUAUUAACUCUACAUUGAGAGUUGUUGUUAACAAACCCGGGCUAUAUACCUGCAUAGCAACAAACAGACACAGUGGAGGGGCCAGUACAGUGAAAGCCACUGCAAAAGUUACCAUCUCAGAAUGGAGGUUAUACAAAGGUAGUUCAGGCUACUGCAGCACCUACCGGGGUAGCGUGUGCAAAGGCUCCUUGCAGAAAGAAUCCCUCAUUUUCUUCAACUCCUCGUAUGCGGAUCCUGAGGAGACCCAGGAGUUCCUUGUCCAGAGUGCCUGGGCAGAGUUGGAUGCAGUCAGUUCCUUCUGUCGUCCGGCUGCAGAAUCCUUGCUGUGCCAUUACAUAUUCCAGGACUGCAACCCAUCUGGACUGGGGCCAGCUCCCAAACCAAUCUGCAGAGAACACUGUCUGGCUGUGAAAGACCUCUACUGCUACAAAGAAUGGCUUUCAAUGGAGGAUAACUCCCGUAAAGGGAUUUACACCUCCGGAUUGAGGCUAAGCCUGCCUGACUGCAAUCACCUGCCAAGCAUGCAGAAGAACCUCUCUACCUGUACUGGAGUGCCAUUCAUUGAUAUCAAGAAAGAUCAGGUCACUAAAACCUGUUACAAGGAGAGAGGAAGAUUUUACCAAGGGAUUGUCAAUGUCACAGUUGCUGGUAUUCCCUGUCAAAAAUGGAAUAAAACGGCCCCUCAUUUCCAUAGACUAUCACCUGAGGUUAUCCCAGAGCUUAAGAACUCAGAAAACUAUUGUCGCAACCCAGGCGGAGAGAGUGAGAGGCCAUGGUGUUACACAACAGAUCGGACUGUAAGAUGGGAGUAUUGCAAUGUACCUCAUUGUGGGGAUGUUUCAAUGCCAGUGGCUGCACACCCCAAAUAUGCUACUCCAAACUUGCCUCCCUCAGUUUCUCCAGCCUACUCCAUGACAGUCAUUAUAUCCAUAAUCUCUGGGUUUGCUGCUGCAGUGUUUCUCAUCAUUUUUGCUCUCAUGUGUCGACGUAGACAGAAGUUGUGGAAGAACAGGAAAAGGGAGAUGGAAACUCCAACUCUGACCACCCUUCCUUCAGAACUGUUGUUGGACCGUCUUCACCCCAAUCCCAUGUACCAGCGCAUACCUCUACUCAUCAGCACCAAGCUACUCAGCCUGGAGUAUCCCAGAAAUAACAUUGAGUAUGUGAGAGACAUCGGAGAAGGGGCCUUCGGAAGGGUUUUCCAGGCAAAGGCCCCUGGAUUACUUCCUCAUGAACCUUUCACAAUGGUGGCUGUGAAGAUGCUGAAGGAAGAGGCCUCGGCAGACAUGCAGGCAGACUUCCAGAGGGAAGCAGCUCUAAUGGCAGAGUUUGAUCACCCCAACAUUGUCAAACUUUUAGGAGUGUGUGCAGUGGGGAAGCCUAUGUGCCUGCUGUUUGAGUACAUGGCGCACGGGGACCUGAAUGAGUAUCUGCGCAGGUGUUCUCCAAACCAGAUGCGCUGCUUCAGCCAGACCAGCUUGUCAGGAAGAAGCACCUCGACCGAGUCAGAGUUAGGUUCUCUCAGCUGUGUGGAUCAGCUCUCCAUCUCCAAACAGGUGGCAGCGGGCAUGGCUUAUCUCUCUGAGCGCAAGUUUGUGCACAGGGACCUGGCCACUCGAAACUGUUUAGUUGGGGAGAGCAUGGUGGUGAAGAUUGCUGAUUUCGGGCUGUCAAGGAACAUAUAUUCUGCAGACUAUUACAAAGCCAAUGAAAACGAUGCCAUCCCCAUCAGAUGGAUGCCUCCGGAGUCCAUAUUCUACAACCGCUACACUACUGAGUCAGACGUCUGGGCUUACGGUGUGGUGCUGUGGGAAAUCUUUUCGAAUGGCAUGCAGCCCUACUAUGGCAUGGCCCAUGAAGAAGUAAUUUACUACGUGAGAGAUGGCAAUAUCCUUUCCCAACCAGAGAAUUGCUCGCUGGAACUGUACAACCUGAUGCGUCUCUGCUGGAGCACCCACCCAACGGACAGGCCCAGCUUUGCCAGCAUCCAUCGCAUUCUGGAACGGAUGCACGAACAGACUGUACGUGCCAGCGUAGCAUGAAGCAGAGUGGUUGGCCUGUUUCAAAAGUUAGAUUUAUCCAUCUCCCAUCUGCUGCAUAUGAUCUAGUGUCAAUGCUUUGACUUGAUGCAGAGAUAAUCGUUCCUGGUAUUAUGCACGACUAGUUAUGACAUGUGCAAUAAGGCUAAAUAUCAAAGGAAUUUCUAAAAGAAACAUAUAUUAAGUACACUAUUAAAAAGCUUUGACGGGAGUAUAUUCUGGUUUAUAUAGAGCAUCUGAUACUGUUAUGGGAAAUAUUGGGCCAUAUUCAUAAAGCAUGUUUAUCUCUUAGAUGCUUGUAAAACAACUGUGCCCAAAAUCCAAUGGUUAUUUUUAGUCGCUUAUUCAUAAAGCAUAUUUAUCUCUGCAUGUGCUUAAGUCUGUUCAAAAUUGUAGACACGCUAACCAAAAUACAAUAGAAUGUGUUCAACAAGGGUAGAGCUUGUUUAAGGGUUGUUUUAAGCUCUUUCAGUCACAUUUAUGCAGAGCUGAAACAUUUUACUACUAAUUUAAAUAAUCAAAUUUGCCAUUAUAAAAAAAUGACAUCAUUUUUUGUUUUGCAAUUUUUAUUAAUACAUUAACCAACGGCAAUGAGGUGUAAACGCACCCAUCCCAAAACCCUUUGAAAUCCCUGGGAUCACCUCACUGUAUUUGAUAACUGAAUUCUUUAGAGUAUCCUUCUUAUUACCUGCUACAGUACAAUGUUCGAAAAUAUGAUUGUAUUAUUUUUUCUGACUUUCAUGAGUUGCAAAAAAGACAUGUCUUGAAUGCUGUAGGCUGCUACUAUAGCGCAGCUUCUGUAUGCCUGCAGAAUAGAUUGCUGAGAUUGUUGAAAACUAAUAUUGCUUCUUAAAGUAUUGCUUUAUCCCUACAUAUUCAUGUUUAGCCUUAUGCAGUCAAUUUCCAACUUCAGAAUCAUACAAACAUGAAGCUGUGUGGCAAUGUGUGUAUAUUAUAGGGAUGCAAGCUGGUUAUGAUUGGUUCGUUUUUUUUUUUGUCAACUCUUUCAGCUGUUUUUGACAGCCAAUCAGUUUUCAUUAAAACCAAAAUGAAAGAUACAAAACCGAAAACCGAACAGCAUAUGAGCAGCCAAGAGAAUGGAACAUUCCAUGAUUACAUCCUUUUUUUUGUGAUAAAUAAGCAUAUUACAGUGUUAUUGUAUCAUUCAUAACAAUUUAUUAUACAAUUAGACACAACGUAGAAAGAAUCAAACACUGUAUUAAGAGACAUUAAACUUUUGUAUGUAUUAUUUUCCUGGUACCUCCAUUGUUACUGCAGCGGAUUCUAAAUCAACAUGCAAAUCAACGUUCUGGCUUCAAAGUAACUGAGAUAUAUGGCAGCAUUUCAAAAUAGUUUCUGAUGAGAAAAUGUAAACUAAAGCUAGAACUCGGGAUGCCGCCAGACCUCCAUAAAAACAUAUGCAAAGUUUGCAUUUAAUAUGCUGGUUUAUUAUGGCUAUUACAAUAAUACAUGUCUCAAUAUGCCAAUAGAAUGCAACAGCAAAGUAAUCAGACAAUCAAAAUUAAUUUCAAUACAUGCACAUAAUGGUGCUACCUUAAUCAAAAUGAACUGAUCUGCACAAGGCUUUCAGAUAUCUGUCCACAGUAUCCCUUUCACUUGUUUUGUAGCUUCGCCCAGUUUACUACUUAUUCCAGUUUCACAACGGUUUGGGAUAUCAACUAAUGUUUUACUGUCUUUUAAUACUGUUUAAUUUGGCUGUUUCAGUCAGUUUAUCAUCAUUAUUUAGUUGUGACUAGGUCUACACUGAGUAAUUAAACAGAAAGGACAGAUUCAACAACUUCCAGCUUCAGCUUUUCACUUCUUAAUAUGCUUUUUUAACAAACGUUUAAGUUAGGGUACACAGGCUGAGUGCGUAUGCCUGCUAGUACUAGCAACACUAUCUUUCAAAAGAAAGAAAACCGCCUUAGACAUAUAGUAUGAACACCCAGUCUAAGUAGGAAGCUGCGGUUAUCCCUACUGAGGGCAAUCAGAUAAGUUCUGUCAUCAUUUUGUAUUAUAAUAUCAUAUUAAAAUUAAUAAGGGAUGUUAAUAUGAACUGUCUUCAUGCAAUAAAGUGUGCAAUGAGUUCCCGAAAAUGCCACCUGCACAAUGCUGAGACUACCAACGAUUUUUCAUUGUACAAAAAAAAUUGGUUCGGUUUUCUCUUUUUUCGGUAUUGUUCAUUCUGGAAUUUUAUGCAAAUGUCAAUUUUGGUUUGGGAAACUCGUAACUUUUGCAUACCUAGUGUAUAACACUGUAGCGAACCAGUUUUUCAGGAACAGUGAAAGGGUUAGAAGAGAUCAAACAGGAGACUGUAGUUUCAGCCCGGAAAUUAGGUUACACUGCACACAACACUCACAGCAAGCUUCCCCAAAUUCUGCCCCAAAGAGCUUGCAGGCUCCCCUUAAAUAAUCAAAUACAAUGUAUCACCUUUUCUCGCCCCUGGCUCUGUGUCCUUACUUUUAGUCCAGGUGCAUCCCAGAUAUCCCCUGAAUCCCUUAAAUCCCUUGAAUUGCCUUGUCAAAGGCUCACCGCUAGUGCAGGAAUGUGCCAACGUUAGCCUAUGGGGCCUGUUCGCGGCAGCCCAUGCAAACUCUCUCUGUUGCCCGCCCCCGGGAGCGACUGUAAGCAGCCUCCCAGUAUCGCCUCAUUAAUGGAGUUCCUAUUUGUUUUGUUAUGUUUUCUUAUAUGUGUAUUUCACGUAUUACAUUUACUAUGGGUUUGCUGUUUUCAGAAGGUUAGGGUUAGGAUUUCACCAUAACAGCCUAUGCUCCACUCACAGCUGUUUAAAAAAUUGUGAUUGGGGGUUGUUUUUCUCAACCUGAAAUACUGUAGUAUAAACAUUAAAGAGUAAGUAGCGAUGUUCCGAAAAAAUAUAGUGUUGCACGUCCCCAGGUGUUGCUACAACUGUUCAAAUAAUGUGCCUGUAUUUUUUUUUCUUUUUAUUGUUAACAUCUUGACAAUUUUUUACACUUAUAACUUUAAAGUCUGUUUCAAAGCUCUUUUCAAAAUGGCCACUCUAGUGCGCUGUUAGUACAAGGAUUAUUGCCCACACUGUUAAACAGGUAACACAGCAAUAACGAUCCAUGAUGUGGUAUGGAACAGAAUAGCCAGAGUACUUGGUGUUUUUUUGUAUUUUUUUAUUGCUCUUACUGCAGUGAUUUACAGGACAGAUCUCAAACCCAAGUGCACUAGAGCAGACAUUUUGAAUAGCGCUUUGAAACACUUAUAAGUGUAAAAAGUUGUCAGGAUGUUAACAAUGAAAAGAAAAAUUACAGGUACAUUAUUUGAACAGUUGCAACACGUGGGGAUGUGUAAGGCUAUAUUUGUUGGAACCACGCUACUUACACUAAGUUAUAGGAUGUCCUCAUUUCAGGAUACUGGACAUAUAGGUGCAAUUAAAGUUGACCAAUAGCGACAAGCAAUGAUUUUUAAAAGUAAAAAUAAAAGCAUUCUAAACCCACAAAAAA